AUGUCCCAGAACAGAGGCUUCCAACAGCCAGCAGCUCCACCCGAUGGAAAUUUAUCAUCAUCCUCUCAACAAGGCUUAGCAUCAUUUCUCCACCCAACAUCCAGUAAUGGCAAUUCUUUCACCACUUCAAUAGGCUUAUCCUCCUUCCUUUUGAAUCCUCCAUCCCAACAUGUAUCUGCAAGCCAUAGAGGUCCUCUCCAUAUUUCUUCCGCUACAGCACCAUCGAUUCAUCCCAUAGCCAUUUCCGCUUCUCCUCUCUCGGCAGCUUCAUCUCAACAACUACCAUCCUCAUCAUCAUCAUUACCCUCUCUCCUCACAACACCCUUUCCUACCGCUACCAUUCACACUUCCAUUCCUCCAACUCAUUUCCUUACUGGAAUGCCACCAACCUCAUCUUCAAAUAGCUCAAAUAUUAAUACAGACCUCAUGUCAAAGAAGCGAAAAACUCCCUCAGCGACAUCCCGAGCAGCCAUUAAUGAUGACGACGACGAAGAAGACGAUGACACUCACAAGAUUGAAAUUGAUGACACAGCCGAUGAAACAACAAGUGAAUUCACUCCAACUAAAGCAAUGAACACCUUGAAUGAAAUGACAAGUACCCCUCAAAGCGAUGUCAAACGAAGGAAAGGUUCGGAUGGUACCACCUCUUCUGUGACAACAACAGCUUCAAACACUCAAAAAGGAUGUAAUUGUAAAAAAACUGGAUGCUUGAAACGAUACUGUGAAUGUUUUCAGAACAACAAACGAUGUACAGAUAAGUGUCGUUGUCAGGGUUGCAAGAAUUAUGACGGAUGUGCUGAUUUGUGUCGAGUGUUGGAGAAACAAUCAAAAUCUGGAACUAGCUCCACAGCAAGCAAUCAGAGAAAAGUCAACUCUCAAAAGAGAAAACAAACACAGAGUCAAACUAGUAGUAGCUCGUCGAUGGGAAGUGGUGUCACCUCGGCCAAUACAUCUUCUCGACAACAGUCUUCACAAAUUGGCAGCCCCUCAAUAUUGGGAGGUGGAGGAAUUAUUAUGGCGCAUGGAACGGUACCAUCAUUUGCUCAUCCCUAUCAACAUCCACCCAUGAAUACGGAUCAAAUCUCGGCCUCAUUAUAUCAACAUCCUUUAAGCUGUCUCUUUGGUGAGGAGAGUGUUGUGGAAUUGUGCAAGAGACUGGUGAUUGCCUCAGUUCAACAAGAGCAAAUCUUUAAAGAUGAGUGGGCAAGCAAGUCCAGUGAUACUGCUAGUGGUGGCUCAUUGUUGUCACCUGCUCUCACCUCUCCCAAGAAUAGCUCCAAGAGCAACACUGACAAUUUUCUUCUAUGUGACGAGGAUGACGCUACCAAUUCUGCCAUGAACCUCAAUCAAGCACAAGCUCUGCAAUCUCCACGAAAGGUCUAUCCAAAAGGUUUUGAGAACGGUCUCAUCAACUCUAUCAACACUCGUGUCGUGCAAGAGUUCAAACAUUUCCUUACUCAGCAGCCUUACAAUCAGCAAACAGCAGAUCAGCAAGAGUAA